AUGGUCUCUGGCAUGGUGUUGAACAACAGCACCUUUGGCAAUGUAUGGGAAGCUUUCGCCAUUAACACAAAAAUAAGUCAUCUUGUCUUAAUCUACUUCACUUACGCGAAUUCGUUGCGUGACUUGUCAUUUGCAUCCAGGAAACACUUCACUUUCACAAAAAUGGCUCUUCGUCUAGCAAAUUCCGGCAGGCAAGCUGUCAGGGUCUUCGUACGUGCGAUGUCAGGUGGAUACGGUGAUGGGGUUGGAAAGGGAGGUGGCUCUGGAGGUUCGAUUCGUGAUGCUGGCGGUGCUUUUGGAAAGAUGGAGGCUGCUAGGGAGGAUGAGUACUUUUACAAAAAGCAAAAAGAACAAUUGGAUGAGCUGAGAGCUCAUAUUCAACAAGAGAUUGAGCACCACGAGAAGCAAGUGGAGAAUCAUAAAGCGAUUCUCGAGAGACAUCGCAAACGCGUGAAGGAAAUUGAAGAAAGUCAGAAGAAGAACUAA